AUGGCACGGUUAUGCACAGGCGCCAAUGCCGAGCUUGCGCUGAAGGAUAUUCUGCGUCAUGCCAUAGAAAAGGCAUUUCCCUCCGUUAGCCCACCGGAGGUGCUCAUCACACUCGGGAAGGUCACUGAGUACCAGUGCAAUAACGCCAUGGGACUGGCCAAGCUUCUCUCCAAGGCAACGCCUCCAAUAAAGAUGAGUCCUGCCCUCGUGGGUGAGGAGUUAAAGAAGAACCUGGAGGAAAAUGAACUUAUCGACAGCUUUGAGCCGACGCCACAAGGGUUCAUUAAUAUCUCCAUCAAACGGGAAUGGGCGGCUGCCAUGGUGCCGCGUGUGCUAAAAAUGGGCAUUCAGCCCCCACAACUCCCUAGGCAAAAGGUACUUGUGGAUUUCUCAUCACCCAACAUUGCGAAAGAGAUGCAUGUAGGUCAUCUCCGCUCUACCAUUAUUGGGGAAACCAUUUCUCGUCUUUUUGAGUUCUGCGACUUUGAGGUCCACCGCAUCAAUCACGUGGGGGAUUGGGGUACGGCAUUUGGGAUGCUUAUCUUGUACUUAAAGCUCCAACACCCGAACUUCCUUACCGAGAUGCCGGACAUCACAGACCUGACCAAGUUCUACCGUGAAGCCAAAAAAUGCUUUGACGAGGACCCUGAGUUCAAGGAACAGGCACGGCUGCAGGUGGUUAAGCUACAGGCAUUAGAAGAAGAGUCUAUUCAGGCGUGGAAAAUUAUCUGUGAUCUUUCUCGGAGGGAAUUUAACCUCAUUUACGAGCGUCUUGGCUCUCACAUUGAAGAGCGUGGGGAGAGUUUCUACAAUCCUCUCAUUCCGAAGGUUUUAAGUCUGCUGGAGGAGGCUGGACAGCUGGAGGAAAGCAGCGGCGCAAAGCUUGUCGUCAGCAAGGAGAAGAAGUUGAUCAGUUCCUUGGAGGCGAAGGACAUGGCCAAGCUGGUCGUGCCACAUCUUAUUAAGCUUCGGCGUGAUGGCACGACGGAGUUUCACCCGAACAUACUCACUGCAAUGAAGGAGACGGGUGUCUUGAAGGGUGAGGACGGUAACGAAACGGUGACGCUUUCCAAGAAAGAGGCUAAGCCUCUGGCAAAGUUUGAUGCUCGCACAGACGUUGACAAGCUCGUACCACAACUUCAGUCCUUUUAUAAGAAGCAGCUGUCACCACUUUUUCGCGAGGUGUUUGAGUCUGCAGGCCUCAUUGAUGGGGAAAUGAUUGCUGUCCCGCGCUUCACUUUUCCACUCAUCCUUCAGAAGAGUGAUGGGGGUUUCACAUAUGAUACGACUGAUGUGACCUCCAUGUAUCACCGUUUUGUGAUGGAAAAAAUGGAUCGUGUAGUGUACUGUACAGACGUUGGGCAAUACGAGCACUUCCGCAUGUGUGCUCAGCUGGCGAAGGACAUGGGUUGGAUGGGCGAUGCCACGUGGGACCAUGCCGGCUUUGGCCUCGUCACCGGCACUGACGGGAAAAAGAUCAAGACUCGCAGUGGAGAGACGGCAAAGCUAAAGGAUUUACUUGACGAGGCGGUGGAGCGCUCCCUCGCCAUUUUGGAGGAGCGUGAGGGCGGUGAACGUAGUCAGGGGCACACCAGGGAGGAAAUGGAAACCCUGUCUAAGAUUAUCGGCAUUGGUGCCUUGAAAUAUUUUGAUUUGAAGCAGACCCGCGUCAAUGAUUACGCGUUCAGCUACGACAAGAUGCUUGACAUGUCAGGUAACACCGCCGUCUUCCUUUUAUACCAGUACGCCCGCUUAUGCUCCAUUAAACGCAAGGCAGGCGUGAGUGAAGAGGAAUUUCUGCAGGCGGAGGUCGUAAUUGACACCCCACAGGAAAAGAAACUCGUGCUUUGCGCCUUCCGCAUGGAGUCUGUUGUGCUGAAGACAGUGGAGGACCUCUUUCCACACCACCUUACCGACUUCGCGUAUGAAUUGGUCUCACACUUCUCGGACUUCUUCCAGAACUGCAAGGUUAUUGGGGAUCCCCUGCAGAACAGCCGUCUUUGCCUCGUCGAGCUCACCCGCAUCACGGUGAAGAAAAUCCUGGAUAUACUUAAUAUUGAAGUGGCGGAGCGGAUUUAA